AUGNUAAAAAAAGUCACGUUUAAAGAAAAGGAUGAUUAGAAAGAAUAUUCAAGAAUUGAGUAAUCAUUCCACUCAUCCUUCAUCUUAAAUGAAUUAGAAGAAAUAUCUAAUUAUAUGCAUUAAAAUCAUAUAGGAGAAACUUCAAAUAUAGAUAUAUAAACUAACAAUGAAUUAGACCAAAUUGAUAAUAAUAUUAGCUCUGUAUCUGUUUCUAAAUAAAAACCAUAUGAUGAAUAGAAUGCUAGUAAACUUAGGAUAAAAAAGGUAGCUUGCUGGAAUUGCUUUAAAUUAUUAAUUAAAAACUAUAUUGUAGUAGAAAACAAUGAAUUUUGUAGCUAUGAAUGUUUUUAAAAAUAUAAUCAUUUGUAUCUUGUAAGUAUUUUCAUUAUAUUGAAAGGUUUAAUGUGUAUGUUGCAAUAAAUAAUUUGAUAUUAGAAUUGGAAUACUACUUAACGGAUGUAGUCUUUGUGACGAAUAGUGCUCUUAAAAAUAUGAUUUCUAAAUUAUGAAGGACAAUAAUGAAGAAAUUGAAAAACAGUUUUUAGGCUCCAAAUGCAUAAAUACAUGUGAUAAAUCCUAAAGUUAGUAAAGUCAGGUUGAUUUGAAUUUUGAUUGA